AGAGAGGCGGGGAGAGACUCACAUCGAGGAACUGAGACCAAGAACAGAGACAGGAGUUGGGAGGAGAGGCACCAGGGAGGAGCUGGGAGAGGUGGGGACCGGGGGCUCGUGAUCUGCACACACUCCAGUCCCCAGAGACCACCCCGCCCCCACUCCUGAGAGACAUCUGUCCACAGCCUUGGGUGCUGCGAGCCCACCCUGAUGCAGGCAGCCUGGCUCCUUGGGGCCCUGGUGGUCCCCCAGCUCCUGGGUUUCAGCCACGGGGCUCGGGGAGCCGAGAGGGAGUGGGAGGGGGGCUGGGGAGGCGCCCAGGAGGAGGAGCGGGAGAGGGAGGCCCUGAUGCUGAAGCAUUUACAGGAGGCCCUGGGGCUGCCCACUGCGAGGGGGGACGACAAUCUGGAGGGGACCCCUGAAGACAAAGAGGCCUGGGAGGCCGAGGAGGGCCAGCAGGGGGAGGAGGAAGAAGAAGCAACGCCAAUCCCCUCCUCCAGCCCCAGCCCCUCUCCCACCCCGGAGGACGCCAUCACUUACAUCCUGGGCCGCCUGGCCGGCCUAGACACAGGCCUGCACCAGCUGCACGUCCGUCUGCACGUGUUGGACACCCGCGUGGUCGAGCUGACCAAGGGGCUGCGGCAGCUGCGGGAGGCGGUGGGCGACACCCGCGACGCCGUGCAAGUCCUGCAGGAGGCGCAGAGCCGCGCGGAGCGCGAGCACGGCCGCUUGGAGGGCUGCCUGAAGGGGCUGCGCCUGGGCCACAAGUGCUUCCUGCUCUCGCGCGACUUCGAGGCGCAGGCGGCGGCGCAGGCGCGGUGCGUGGCGCGGGGCGGGAGCCUCGCGCAGCCGGCGGACCGCCAGCAGAUGGAGGCGCUCACUCGCUACCUGCGCGGGGCGCUGGCUCCCUACAACUGGCCCGUGUGGCUGGGCGUGCACGACCGGCGCGCUGAGGGCCUUUACCUCUUCGAGAACGGCCAGCGCGUGACCUUCUUCGCCUGGCACCGCGCGCCCGGCCCCGAGCCCGGCAGCGAGCCCAGCGCCGCGCCGCACCCGCUCAGCCCCAACCAGCCCAACGGCGGCGCGCUCGAGAACUGCGUGGCGCAGGCCUCGGACGACGGCUCCUGGUGGGACCACGACUGCGAGCGGCGCCUCUACUACGUCUGCGAGUUCCCCUUCUAGCGGGGCCGGUCCCCCCCUCUCCAUUCCAUCCCGCAACCCGCCCUUUGCCAGGGCCGCGCACCCAGCGAGAACGCCCUUCCCUCCCUCCCACCCUGCCGGGCUGGGCGAUCCCGGAGGCGGGGGCUCCUGCGGGGCCGGGACCCCUUCCUUGCCUGUGUUUUUCCUGGGAGCGCCGAGCACCAGGCGAGGUCCGGCGACAAUAAAGCCUUGUGGAGUCUG